UUAGCAACAGAUGAGCAUCGCUGCAUGUUCAUUUCGUGCAGCCACAAUAAAGCUCUGUGGUCGCCGGGGCGCACACAAGGGAUAUUUUCUAACUGUGUAAUGUUUGCCGGGAUUGCGGUGCGUCCCUUCUCCUGUGCACCGUAGCUGGCUUGCGUGCUAACGGCUUCCUCAUUCGACCAACGAGUGUUGUUGCUGGCCGCGACUUUCUCUCGUGCAGCGCUAUGGAUGUGCUGUGGAUGGUGCCGCUGCUGUUGAUUCCACUCCUGAUGUGGACCAGUAGCACGUUUGUUUUUUAUUUCAAAAAGUUCUUCUACGUGGCAUGGAUGAUGCUCUUGGCUAUGUUGGGGAUUCCCAUGUGUUUACUGAAACGCGGAGGCAGAGACAUUGAAAAUAUGGGGAUCAUCCGCUCCAUGGUUCGCCAUGUCAAAUACUUACUGGGUCUUCGAAUUGAAGUGAGUGGUUGGGAACAUCUGCAGACAGAAGGCCCCUAUGUCAUCAUAUCCAACCAUCAGAGCUCCCUGGAUGUUUUGGGCAUGAUGGAGAUCUUACCUGACCGCUGCACCAUGAUUGCCAAAAAGGAGUUGAUUUAUGCUGGCACAGUGGGCCUGAUCUGCUGGCUGGGUGGCAUCGUCUUCAUCAACCGCAAAAAGACUACAGAUGCCAAAAGUGUCAUGGCUGAUGCUGCUAAAACCAUGCUGGAUGAGCAGAUCCGACUGUGGGUAUUCCCAGAGGGAACACGUAACCAGAGAGGUGACCUGUUGCCCUUCAAAAAAGGUGCUUUCCACCUGGCUGUUCAGGCACAAGUUCCCAUCAUACCAGUCGUGUUUUCCUCUUACAGCAGCUUCUACCUUCGGAAAGAAAAGCAGUUUAAAUCAGGGACCAUCAGAUUGAAAAUCCUUCCAAAGAUUGAGACAACGGGGAUGACAUCAGAGGACAUAUCAACUCUGUCUGACAAAUCCUUCAACCUGAUGCGCUCUGCUUUCCUGAACAUCUCUGACUCCGUAACCCAUAGCAAUGGGCCCACAAGGCACUGAACAUUUGCCAUACUCCUACCACUUUUUCUGCCCCUUUCCGAGACCCUACAGAUCUCCCCGCUUUCCCCAGGUUGUCCCGUUACCUGGCCAGGAAACAACAUGAUACAGGUCUCUUCUUGUCUAGUUGACGCCUGGUCCAGGCUGCCUCUGGCCUGACCAUACAGCACAGUCAGUCCCGACCCUCAGCGCUGCUCUGCACGCCAUGAGUGGAGUGACGGACGGCAAGCCGAACAGUAUGGAUGUGUGUUGUUCAUGCAUGCCUUUUUGGAUGGCUCUGUCCACCUUCAUCCUUGCUUUGGAAAAGUCUGGCUUUGUCAUUGUUCUACUUUAUCAUUUACUACUUUCUUUGGCCUUUCUCCCCCUUUUUUUGUCUACAUCUGC